AAAAGCUGGCCAGAGUUACUUCAUUCUUACAUACUACAUAGACUUUUCCUGCAAUCUUGUAUCUAGUACAGCUAGUUUCACUCGAAUUGAAGAUCAAUAAUGUGUUUGGGAUUGCUAAGGUUUCUGUUUCCGUUGAUUCUGAUCCUUGGAACCAUUCCGAGAGAAUCUGAUGGACAGUUUGAGGACUGGUGCAUAGCAGAUGAGCAGACACCAGAUGAAGAAUUGCAGAGGGCCGUUGAUUGGGCAUGCAGGAAUGGUGCAGAUUGCAGCAAGAUAGAAGUGAACCAACCUUGCUAUCUGCCCAACACUGUGAAGGACCAUGCCUCUUUUGCUUUCAAUAGCUAUUUUCAGAAGAUGAAGCACAAAGGAGGAGAUUGCUACUUCAAUGCUGCUGCUCUCUUGACUGCCCUUGAUCCAAGUCAUGGCUCGUGCAAAUUUGAGGUUCUUCCUUGAAUCAAGCGGAUCGGAGCUUCUUCCUCAAGUGUCAAUGAAUCUAGCUUCCUAUCAUGUUCUGCUGAUGAUCUCUCCCUUGCUUGUCUGUUACUUAUUUCCUGGAAUGAAUAAAAUUACUUCAAAGCUUCAGAGACCAUCCA